UUACCCUCAGGUCUCCUGGAUACGUUGGAUACGCAGGUGGACGCCAAGAACUGCCCGGGCGUGUGCAUGCACGCGCUCGCCUCGCUCAUCUGCUCCAACGUCCUGGACGAGGUGGAGUGCCCCAAGCCCUCCAUGAAGUGCUGCGUCGAUGAGCCCCUGGGCAACGACACCCUCAUCACCACGCGCCGUCCGUUCACCACGCGCUACACGACCACGGAGGCAGAGGAGGAGGACUACGAUGAGCCCGUCACCAGCCCCUCCGUGCCGCAAGACAAAGACAGUGGCAACAUCUCCUGCCCAGGUUUAUGCGUGGACACGAGCCUGACCAGAUACUGUAUCUCAUACUUGACCUCUAAAAGCCUGUGUGUCCCGGGCCGCCUGUGCUGCGUCUCCAAGGAGGGCUAUGGGGACAAACCACCAGCUGACCUGGUCAUCCCGGGGGAGUACCACAAGAACAACAAGCCUACGAAACGACCUACUACUACGACUACCCCCCCGCCGCGGCAGAAGCCGGGCCGCAAGUGUAAUGGCGACUGCGUCGGAGGACUCUUCGCGUUGCUGUGCGAGGAGGUCGACGAGGACGCAGUGUGCCCGGACGAAGGGACCUGUUGCAACAAUGAGCCCAAGGCCGAGACCACCACCAGGCGGCCUACCACCACGCCCAGGCCUACACAGCCUCCGUUGCGCCGCUGCCCGGGCCGCUGCAUGCUGCCGCUGAUGAUGGCUUUCUGCGAGGCGCCGGCGUCGCUCAUCCCCAACACGGAAUGUAAAGCCAGCGGGAGGAUCUGCUGCGAUAGUGUCAGCGUGAAGCGCACCAAGAAGCCGCCCACCACAACGACGACGACGACUCCAGCGCCGCCCGCCGACGCGCGCGCAGACUGCCCCGGCUCCUGCAUCGUGCCCUACCUGUCCUUCACCUGCUUCCGCAACGCUGAGAUGACGGACGUGUUCAAGUGCAAGAAGUCGGGCACACAGUGCUGUGCGCCCAAGCUGAAGAUCCAAGAGGCGCUGGGCGGGCGCGAUCGCAACGACUCGUUCCCUCUCGCCACCACCACGCCUGCCUACGCGCCGCAUACGACGCCUGCGCCGCCCUACACCACCGCUAUUUCUCAAUAUGACCAGAACUACGAUUCAACUCUGAAAAUUCCUGAAAAAUACAACAAAUACGUAUGCGGAGUGAAAGGAACCUCAUCCCGCUCCGGGCGAGUGAUGGGCGGCGCGGACGGCGAGCGCGGCGAGUGGUGCUGGCAGGUGGCUCUCAUCAACUCACUCAACCAGUACCUGUGUGGCGCAGCGCUGAUCGGUACUCAUUGGGUGCUCACGGCCGCUCACUGCGUUACCAAUAUCGUGCGAUCUGGCGAGGCGAUAUUCGUGCGGGUAGGCGACCACGAUCUCACGCGCAAGUACGGUUCGCCCGGCGCGCAGACGCUGCGGGUAGCCACCACCUACAUCCACCACAACCACAACAGCCAGACGUUGGAUAACGACAUCGCGUUGCUGAAGCUACUGGGCAAGGCCGAGCUGAAGGAAGGGGUGUGCUUAGUUUGUCUGCCAGCGCGAGGGGUGAGCCACGCCGCCGGCAAGCGUUGCACUGUCACUGGCUACGGGUACAUGGGAGAAACCGGCCCCAUCCCUCUGCGCGUGCGUGAGGCCGAACUGCCCAUAGUGAGUGACGCGGAAUGCGUGCGCAAGGUCAACGCGGUCACGGAGAAGAUCUUCAUCCUGCCCACCAGCUCCUUCUGCGCGGGAGGCGAGGAGGGCAACGACGCGUGCCAGGGCGACGGCGGAGGCCCACUCGUGUGCCAAGACGACGGCUUCUACGAGCUGGUAGGACUCGUGUCCUGGGGCUUCGGCUGCGGCCGCCGCGACGUGCCCGGCGUCUACGUCAAGGUGUCUUCCUUCAUCGGAUGGAUCAACCAGAUCAUCUCCGUCAACAACCUAUAGCGGCGGUAGUGGCUGGAUUUUGCCAAGGUUGUGAACUUUUGAUAGUGAAAAGUAAAUACAAAUGAGUAGGUCAUCUUCAUAGACGCACCGAGCGCGGUUUGUAUGUGAGCGCGGCAA